AUCAAUGCAAUAUAAUCUGUUGAGUUUAAACGUCAAUUGAUCUCAAGUGUUUAUCAUUUAGAUGAAUUCCAGCAUAUAUUAAACAUUGCGAAGCCGCGUAUUGUUUUUGUAUCUCAGCGCACUGAAAAUCUCUUCGCUGAGAUUCUACUAAAAUUAUCCUGGAAAAUAGAAUUAAUAGAGAUGGACGAUCAACCGCUCACAACAAAUGUUUGUACAUUGACGGAUAUUUUAAAUAAUGAAUCGGAUGUAGACUACAUCAGAUACAAGCCUGCAGAAAUCAAUGAUCCCAGUCGGCAUCCAUUGGUUAUUCUCUAUUCAAGUGGCACCACGGGAAUGCCAAAAGGAGUGGCGCUGUCUCAUAAAAAUCUAGUGAUGUUUUUAACAAUAUUUAUCAAGCCCGAAUACGCGGACACAAAAAGUGAUGACAGAAUAUUGAUUCUACUACCGUUUUAUCAUGCCUACGGGUUGGGCAUGCUGUUACUCGGGUCUUUCGGGAACUGCACCUGUAUUAUAAUGUCCGCCUUCGAGCCGCAAAUCUUCCUAACUCUAGUGCAGAAAUAUAAAAUCACCCAUCUGCCGCUGGUGCCUCCAAUACUGAUCUUUCUGGCAAAACAUCCGCUGGUAGAUAGUUGUGACUUUCGCAGCGUGAGAGAACUCUUCUGCGGAGCGGCACCGCUUGCGAAGGACGUAAGUUUUCUUUUAUCAUUAUGA